UCCACUGUCAAAAUUUGCAACUUUGGUUCUGUCGUCUGUGCGAUUUGAGUUUGCCGUCAAUCCUUAACUGGUGCCUAUUGUGCGUGCAGAAAAGCUUAAUCUCUACCUCGUACGGAUCCGCGACAACGAUUUACGAUGGCUCUGGUGUGCGAUCUGAAGAUGCUGUUGGCCUGCCGCGGUGCCUUCGGUCAGAUCAGGAACAUCCAUCUGGCUGCUGCAAACAAUGCUGCGGCCGGGAAAGUCAAGAAGUUCCAGAUCUACCGUUGGAAUCCGGAUAAGCCCGAGCAGAAGCCCUAUAACGAGACCUACGAGGUAGAUCUGAACGCCUGCGGUCCGAUGGUGUUGGAUGCGCUGAUCAAGAUCAAAAACGAAAUGGACCCGACGCUGACGUUCCGUCGUUCGUGCCGUGAGGGCAUUUGCGGUUCGUGCGCGAUGAACAUUGGCGGAACGAAUACGUUGGCUUGCAUCAGCAAGAUCGACGCGGACAACCUGGACAAGCCGACCAAGGUGUACCCGUUGCCGCACAUGUACGUGGUGAAGGAUUUGGUUCCGGAUAUGAACAACUUCUACAAUCAGUAUCGGUCGAUCCAGCCGUGGCUGCAGCGCAAGGACGAAGCCGGUGAAAAGAAGGGCGAUGCCCAAUACCUGCAAUCGGUGGACGACCGUGCCAAGUUGGACGGCCUGUACGAGUGCAUCCUGUGCGCUUGCUGUUCGACGUCGUGCCCAUCGUACUGGUGGAACGGUGACAAGUACCUCGGCCCGGCCGUCCUCAUGCAGGCCUACCGUUGGAUUAUCGAUUCGCGUGACGAAUCGACCGCGGCCCGGCUGGACAAGCUGAAGGAUCCGUUCAGCGUGUACCGUUGCCAUACCAUCAUGAACUGCACCCGCACCUGCCCGAAGGGCUUGAAUCCGGGUAAGGCGAUUGCCGAGAUCAAGAAGCUGCUGUCCGGCAUCGCCAAGAAGGACGCCCCCGGUCUGGAGACCGCUGCCCUGCAUGGUAAGUAGAUGUCUAAGAGGGGUGUUUUGUGAAAACAUCACGUGGAGCAGUUAUGAGGAGAAGACAUGCAAGCAUAUUGUGAGUACUACUUGAAGUAAAAUACUACUGAUAAAACGAAAAGUACAUGGAUCCGGCGGAAAAUUGUAACUUAUUUAUGAAUCAUUUGCUAGUUUCGGAAACACCUACUGUAAUAAAUCAUUGCUAAUGCAGAGAUGGUGCAAACUGAUCUGCUAGUUUAACA